AGUAUUGCUUUUGAAGUUUAUUUUUAAAUACAUGCAAAAGAGAAAGUAAUUGUGAACAACAAGGAAAGUUAUUUAGGCGACCAGUCAAGUCUGUACUGGAUGAGCAGCAUUCUUUAAAGCAGUCUUCUCUAAACAACAGGUACGCAGCCAGUCAGGCAAAACUUCGAAGAGAUUUCUCCAGCAAUGGCUUCAGUGUCAUUUCCAGAAGAGGAUUUGAUUUGUCCUGUGUGCUGUGAUUUUUUCACCGACCCAGUGGUUCUGGAUUGCAGUCAUAGCUUCUGCAGGUCAUGCAUGGAGCGCUUCUGGAGCAGUCAGCUGAUAGACAAGAAAACAUGUCCGGUUUGCAGGACGGAAUGUUUCAAUAAAAAGCUCCUGAGUAAUCUGGUCCUGAGGAACAUAGUGGAGAGUGUUCAAGCGAGCAAACAAACAAGUGAAAAAAAGACAAAACGAGAAGAAGCCCAAGCAACAAGGCACAAAUCAACGCAGAAGGCAGGAAAAAGAGAUGACCUCUGUAGUCUUCAUAGAGAAAAAUUAUUCUUCUUCUGUAAGGAGGACCAGGAGCUUUUGUGUAUGGUUUGUCAGCUAUCAAAGAGGCACGAGGGCCAUCACAUAAGUCCAGUGGAGGAAGCUGCCCAAGAACUUAAGGAUAAGGUGCGACUCUCAUUGGGGAAACUUUCAGAAGAACAAAUGAUCUCCAUUGCCAAAAAGGACGAAUGUCUCAAAACGACACAACACAUCAAGGAUCAAAACCGUCUCACUAAGGCUCAGAUUAAAAAAGACUUUGAGCAGUUACAUCACUUUCUGCGGCUGGAGGAAACAGCUCGGAUUUCAGCGCUAGAGGAUGAAGCUGAGAUGAAAAAUAACAUCAUGAAAAAGAAACUUGAGGAGGUCAGCAAAACAGAGAAGUUAAUCUCCAACACCAUUCAAACUAAAUGGGCAGACCUGGAACGAGAAGAUAUUCAAUUCCUUCAGGCUUAUAAAAGCUACAAGGACAGCGAUCCUCCUUGCAAUCUGCAUGAUCCAGCGUUAGGACCAGAUGCCCUUAUAGAUGUCGCUAAACAUCUGGGAAACCUUAAGUUUAAUGCAUGGCACAACUUGCUGGGCCAAGUGCAGUACUACCCCAUAAUAAUGGAUCCAAACACAGCAGCUCCAUGGCUGAAGCUGUCUGAAAAUUUGACCAGCGUUUAUUACACAGACUUACAGGCAGAAAUUCCUGAUAACCCGGAGCGUUGUGACCUCUGUGUGUGCGUUCUGGGUGAUGCAGCGCUCGAUGCAGACACACACUGGUGGGAAGUGGAGGUUGGGAAUAAGACUAAAUGGGACAUGGGCGUUAUGAUAGAGUCGUUGAGCCAUAAAGGCAUUCUGAACGUCAACUCCGAAAGUGGAUUCUGGGCUUUGGCUUUGAGAGAGGGAGGCCAGUACAGCGCCUGCACAAAACCGUGGACCAGGCUCAACCUGAAAAGAAAACCUCAUCGGAUUCGAAUCUGCUUGAACAACGUUAAAAACGAGUUGUCGUUUUAUGACCCACUAGAUAUGACAAAUAUCUACACCUUCGAGCAUCUGCCCACCCGAAAGCUCGUUCCUUUCUUCUCUCCAUGUGUGAGUGACCAUAGCAGUAAUACAGAACCAUUGAGGAUCCUCCCAUUAAAGGUUGAUGUAACCAUCACUGCAGAAACAGCUCACUGAAAUUACCCUCUUAUAGACUAUCUGCUAUUAUUUACCAUAACAUAAAUGCUACACAGGGUGGAGCAAACUCAUGAAAUAAAAGUAAAAGUAAAUAUUUGUAUAUACAACUUAUCAAAAUAAACACUUGUAUGAAAUAGCUACAUCACAAAAUCUGCAAUAGACCAUGCCGGUGUUGUGUCUUUUGUGUUAUAAAUUUAUAAUGAUAGCCCUUUAAUAAUGAAGUGUGUAGGCAUGGCACUCAUUACAUCAACGAAUAGAAUUGCAAAUACAGACAGGUUCUCAAAUGGUUUCCAGGAACAGUCGCCCUGUCUGCCAAAACAAAGCAAAGUUUUUGCGGCAUCCGUCUGGGCAGAAUCCGUAACCCUUAAGCAAAGUUACAGUGCGUGUGAAUGGUGUGGCAUAACAGAAGCACACCUGCUUCUGACACAUUUCUGACAAUGGCAAAUCUAUUUAUAGCAUUUUUAAAACAACACACGUUGACCAGUGUGCUUUACAUCAAUAAAACUGAUUAUUAAAGGGUAGGCGUAAUAAGCCAUGGCUUCAGCCUACACCUUUUCGGUUACCCUCCUUGUUUGUAAUGAAUUUGCUGUACAUAUAUUUUGUUCUAGGUUCAGUAACCAAAUAAACUUUCAUUCAU